AAAAAUGUUUAACAGUAACGAACAUAAAACUGCGCGUGAUUACUAUAAUUGGCGCUGUUCUUCGAACGUCAUUUCACGGAUCUUCUCCCUCCAUUUUACUCAGUGAUCCACCUAUGAAGCUGUUAUAAACGUUUGAGAAGAAGCAUCUCCCUUUCUGAUACAAUUGGAUGUUCAAGCAUAUUAAUUGCAAGAACUGACAAAAUGAAGAUGGCGGACGGACCUACAAUCUUGAGAAGAAAUAGACCCGGAACUAAAGCUAAGGAUUUUAGCAUGUGGCCAGAUGAAGUAUUUGAAGAAAUGGAUAGCACAUUGGCGGUACAACAAUAUAUACAACAGACAAUCAGGAGAGAACCAUCAAAUAUAGAAUUGAUACUUAACAUGCCAGAUGCCCAAGAUGAAGGAGUUUGGAAAUAUGAACAUUUGAGACAAUUUUGUAUGGAACUUAAUGGAUUGGCAGUUAGAUUGCAAGAAGAAUGUCAUCCUGAAACAUGUAAUCAAAUGACAGCCACAGAACAGUGGAUAUUUUUAUGCGCUGCGCAUAAAACUCCUAAAGAAUGUCCUGCUAUUGAUUAUACCAGACAUACACUCGAUGGAGCAGCUUGUUUACUGAACAGUAAUAAAUAUUUUCCUAGCAGAGUGAGCAUUAAAGAAUCUUCAGUAGCUAAGCUUGGAUCUGUAUGUCGUAGAGUAUAUAGAAUAUUUUCUCACGCAUAUUUUCAUCAUAGAACGAUAUUCGACGAAUUUGAAAAUAAAACAUUUCUUUGUCGAAGGUUUACAGCAUUUGUAACUAAAUAUAAUUUGAUGUCGAAAGAUAAUUUAAUAGUACCUAUAAUGGAAGAAGACGGUGCAACUGAGAGUGAUGCAUAAAAUUUUUACAAUAUAAUAGUAUUAUACAAAAACAAAUUAUCAGAUUUAGAGAGAUCUGAUGGGAAUUUGUUUAUAUUAUCAGGAUACAUUUUCUAAAAUAUUUGUAAACGUGAAUGUAUUCUGAUAAUGAUCGAUAAAACUCUGCUCUUAGAAAAUAUUUUAUACCUAUGAGUAUAUAUAGCAUCAAACGAGAGUGAGUAGAAAUUGAUACUAAUGAUUUUUUGAGGAACAGAGAAAUAAAAAUUGCAAGAAAUUUUUUCAUGCUUCAUAAUUAGCUAUAAUACAAUAUAAGUUGAUGUUUAUCUAUGUAAGACUUAUAAAUCUUUGAUAAUAUAUUAAGAGCUCAAUGACAUAGUUUAUUUGGUAUAAAUGGUAUACUAAUUGCAAUUUUGAAACUUAAAAAAAAAGAAACCUGUUUUGAAAUAUUUCUAUGUUUUAUAGUCAUAACAAUGGAAAAGAGAAAAUUUAAUAUUUCUUAUACAUAUUUAUAAUUAAUAAUAUAUCUGUAUCAAAAUCAGAACUCUCAGCUCUAGGAUAAAAGCAACAAAGGUAAAGAAUAAUGUUGUCUUUUUUUUUUUUUUUAUUUUUUUUUUUAUUCUUUUUUUUGUAGCAUUUAUAUGUAUAUCUGUAAUUAAUUACAACAUGUUAUAAUUAUAAUAAAUACAAUAAUGUGAGAACUUAAGAAUCUUGCUACUGAAAAUAUAGUUCUAAUGGAGAUAAAUUAAAAAAAAAAAAAUAAUAAUAAUAAAUAAUUAAAAAAUAUUACAGUCAGUAAUAGUAGAUCCUUAUUUUAAAUAUUACAUUCGCAAAACGCUGUUCCUCUAAUUUUUGAAUUGUUGUAAUAUUGACGCUAAAAGUUCAUGUAUCCUUUUGAUAAUUGUAUACAAAUUUUAUUCUCUCUUUUCAAUGCUAAUUAUAUAAUGUUAUUUUUCUUAAAUGAUAAUCUAUUAAACAGUAAUAAUGCAAAGGACGAUUCUAAUGAUACACAAUCAGCGUGAAGAAAAUUUGGAUAAUUAACAACAAGUUAUUCAUAAUUCUAUGUAAAUCAGUCUUAUGCAUAACAGUAUCUUAAAAGAAUUGGGACUGAUUCUCCAAAAAAAAAAAAAGGAAGAUGGAAAAUCAAUCGGAAUUGUAUUAUAAUAAUACUUAUUAUUUGUAUAUACGUAGUUCCCGUAUGUUAUUAUAUCUGUAAUAUGCUGCACUUCUUUUCAAUUGUUUAAACAUAUUUACAUUUUAAUACAUAUAAAUAACAAUUUGUAUUGUAUAUUCAAGAGAAAAGAAAAUAUUUAUGUUCAAUAGAUUAAGCAAAUAAUAAUUCGAUGAUCUUAUUAGAUAAGUACAAACUUAUAUGUACUUUUUGUGAUAACAUUUUAAAAUAAUGUUAUUAAAAAAAUAUUUCCAGUUUAUUGUAUUAUAAUACAAAGCAAUAUAUCUAACAGGAAAUUAUUCCAUAUCACUGCCAAUUUUCCCAUCAAUUUAAUAAUUAAUCAAGCAAAUGAAAACUCUUAUUAAUCUUGUUAAUACAAUCUCAAUUACAUUAUUUAUACCUCUACUGUUAUGUUGUAUAUCAUUUACCAUUAUUAUUUAGUUAUAAAAAAAUAAAUCUCUCAAUAUAUAAUUUCCACAUUGUAAAUGUAAUAAGUUACAUGAAUCAAAGCGUAUUUAUAUUUUGUUACAGAGUAAUACAAUUGGAUAAUUUUUGAUAUCAUAUAUGUACAAUCUGUAAGUAGAAAAAAAAGAAAGAAAGAAAUUCGAGAAUGUUGCUUAAAUAAUACAGAAUAAUAAAAAAAGUAGAGAUAUAAAUAAUGUAUUACAUGUGACCAAAUCUCUAUGUAUUAAUAUAAAAUAAACUUUGUACCUUGAAUCAAUCAA